AUGUUACUCGCGGCGGUGGCGCGUCCUCGACAUGAUCCAGAGCGUGACAUCAACGUCGAUGGGGAGAUCGGAAUAUGGCCUAUCUUGGAGUUCCUACCUGCUGUGCGCAGCUCGCGCAACCGGCCGGUGGGAUCGCUCGUCCCAACCUUGAUGAACUUGGACGCCGCUAUCUACCGCAAGUAUGUCAUCACUCGAGUCAUUCCAGCCAUCAAGUUGAAGUUCCCUACAGCGACAAGCGCGUUGUACCCCAGCAUGACAAUGCAACACCCCAUGGUGGCCUUACCGACGCUGACCUUGCGAGGGGUAUCCACGGACGGGUGGACCUUUGUUGUGCGGUGUCAGCCACCAAACAGCCCAGAUCUCAAUGUCUUGGAUCUGGGUUCCUUUGCCUCGGUCCAAACGCUUCAGCUCAAGCUGGUCAGCCGAUCUUUGGGUGAGGUCAUUCAUGCAACCUACGCUGCGUUUGAAAUUUGUGGUGGCGAUGCACUUGCAAACGUGCUCCUCACGUUGCAAACAGUCAUGCGCCUAGUUCUGGAGAACAAUGGUGGCAACCACUAUCGCUUGCCGCAUUUGGGGAAGGAUGCCUUGCGUCGUGCCAGGGCACUCAUGUCCAAUGUCUCGUGCCCUGCUUCAUUUCUUGGCAAGUGGCCAUUCAGGUUUUUAACCAAUAACACGUAG